CACGUUACGCCGGCGUCGGGUUUAAAGACGCUGCGCGCCUGCGCACCACGCCAGGUUCCCGUGAGAGUUGGUGCGGUCUGCAAACGCGGUAGUGGCUGUAGCUUUGAGCUAAGAUUGUCAGCUUCGCUGAUGGGCUCUGCUCCAGGGGUAUAGCUCCAUGAAUAACUUAAACGACCCCCCAAAUUGGAACAUUCGGCCCAAUCACAGGGCUGAUGGUGGCGAUGGAAGCAAGUGGAAUUAUGCUCUGUUGGUGCCAAUGCUGGGAUUGGCAGCAUUUCGUUGGAUUUGGUCUAGGGAAUCCCAAAAAGAAAUAGAAAAAGCAAGAGAAGCAUGUCAUCAGAGAACAAUUGCUUUCCAACAGGAUCUUGAAGCUAAAUACCAUGCUGUGAUCUCAGAACAUCGGCGUGCAGUUGCUCAGCUGUCUUUGGAACUAGAAAAGGAGCAAAAUAGAACAACUAGUUUUCGAGAAGCCCUUAUUUCUCAGGGCCGAAAGCUGGCAGAAGAAAGGAAGCUUCUUGAACAGGAACGAGCUCAGAUAAAGCAAGAAAAAAGCCAGUUGCAGCCUCUUAGAAGUGUCUAUCUGAGCUGCCUGGAAGGAGAGGACGACUGGCAGAGGAGAGCCAAGCUUGUGCUGAAGGAGGUGGGAGAGGCUCUAGUGGAACGCCAGAAUAUCUACUGCAGCCUGAUCCUUCCCCGAACUACAAGGCUAGAGCUGGAGAAGAACUUACUGGUGCGCUCGUCUGUUGAUCCAGUGGCUGCUGACCUAGAGAUGGCAGCUGGCUUAUCUGACAUAUUUAAGUAUGAUAAGCAUUGUGGAGAUGUCUGGAACACCAACAAACAUAAAAAUGGGAAGCUCAUGUGGAUGUAUCUCAAAUAUUGGGAACUACUUGUUGAACUUAAAAAGUUUCAGAAAGUAGAGAAAGUCAUACUACAAAAAUAAGAAUGAAAUGAAACUUAAGUCCAGAUGGGGGCCAUUCACCAUGGCAAUCAAUCUGCAUUCUGGGCUCUCUGAUAUUUACUCUGUUCCUUUGCCACCAGGUGUGACUUAGUGCAGCUGCCCUUUGUGAGAACUCAAGUCUUUCCACCCUUUGAACAGUGCAGUAGGGACUUAGGGACUAUGACGCUCUGCAGAUAUUAGAGAUUCAGUUUUUCUGAAGCAUUUUUGAGCUGCUAAUAUUUAGCAGAACAAGUACAACCAUGUAUUUUAGUUCUAGGGUAAAGAAAAAAAUUAAAAGCUCAAAUGUAUUAUUACUCUAAGAAAUGUUCUAUCAGUUUUUACCUCUCCUCCAAUUACUGUCCUUCCUUACCUGAUCCAUCUAAAAGUUAUAUUAUCAAGAUUUAUCUUGUUUGGAACAUUUUUUUCCCCACAAAGAAAAAACAAAACAAAAAAACUACCAAGUAUUUUUUUAUGCUCAGUUGGUGCACCAGUGAAUGCUUAGAAUUGAGCUGUUCGUGUAUUCAGUAAGCAUGUUUAUUAGCAAUGACACAGGCAAUAAUAUUUGUCAUUUAAAAUUAAUAGUGUUACUUUUUAUUUGUUUGAUUCUUUACUAUUCUUUUGAGACAGUGUUGCUGCUACAUAGUCCAGGUAGGCCUCAUAUGUGCCAUCUUCCUGCCCCAGGCUCCCAAGUGCUGGGAUUACAAAUGUGUAUCACCACUCCUGGGUUGGUAAUUUCACAUGUAUUGUCUUGUUUUUUAGCAUUAUUUAAAAAGUAGAUAAGUAUUUAUAACUUACAUACAGCUUAUAUGAAUUGUACAUAUAAUAUAACCCAUGUAAUCCUUACUCUGGCUUUAUGAGCUAAGUACUAUUAUCUGUCUUAUAAAUGGUAAUUUCCCAAGAUACCCAGAUUCUGUGACUUACUCUGGUUUUAUGAGCUAAGCACUAUUAUUUUGUAAAUGGUAAUUUCCCAAGAUACCCAGAGUCUAUGACUUGCUAUGGUUUUCUAAGAUUCUACCUGUGAUUGCCCUCAGGGCUAAGAUUUAUUAUAGCAAGAAACAUUAAAUUAGUAAAGGUAUGUUGAUCAAGUCUAGAGGGAAUCAGGUGGAAUCCCCCCCCAAGGGUCACAUUCUGUGGAAUCACAGGGAGCAUUUUUUAGUUUAGGGUAAGCUGUAACAUAUGACAGGAAAGCUCACUGUCAAGAUUUUGAUGGGGUGAGAGCUAUUCAUGUACCCCUUCUAUCUGAUGUAUUACUGUUGCAUCCCCACUGGAAGGAAAGUGGUAGACGUCACUCAUACUCUGCAAGCAGUUUAGGUGUGGUGAGCCACUCACUAGUUACACGUUCUGGGAACUCCCAUAAUCCAGGUUCCUAAACACCUGUUAGGUACUAGCCUUGUGAAAGGAUGGAGUCUGUAUGAAGUCUGUUAAAUGAGCUCUUCUACAUAGCCUUAUUUCCUGGAGGACAGGAUCUGGAGCCAUGAUAGAGAGAUGGUAAUCUACCUAGGUCAUGGUUAGAAUUUUGUGGAGUGGGUGUGAGCUGGGUAUUUGAUUUCCAAAACUAGGAACCUGUAUGUGCUUAUUUGUCAGUGGCCGUGCAGAAAGUGAAUAAAGUGGUUAGUUUGUGUUCAGAUCCUAUA